CAUAAUUUUCGUUGUAGUUUUUAUAUUAGUGUAAAUUAAAGUGUGUUGCGUUUACUUGGCUAUUAGCAUUGUUUUGGGCACGUGCUUUCGUUUUUGCAACGCUCACAGUCUCUCAGUAAAGCUUGGGUUUGAAUAACAGACAUAGUCUUGUGUUUUAUAAUCUUUUUAAUUAAUUUUACUUCAAUCAUUUACAUUUUACGGUAGUUUUUUGUCGAUGGUUGGUGCACUGUCCGCAAUGCAGGUGCUGUUUAUGAUCCUGCUCAUCCUCACGUGCUUGUGUUGAUGUGCUUUGGCCAGUCAGAUGUUGCCACGAAAGUCCCACCUUGCUUUUUUUCCAUAUAUGCCCAAGCUUUUAUAAUAAGUGGUUUAUUCUAUAAUAAUCGAAAUAAAGAAACAUCUACAAUAAUAGCUUGGAGUUGGCAUUAACCUACAGUUGUUGUCACUGUACAGUGCAUCAUGUCAUCUUACUAGCUUACAUCAUACGUGGUGGGUGUGACACUAUAGGGUUGGUCCUCUCCAAAGCACUGGAUGUUGGUUGUAUGUGUCUGAUCAAGACCAGGAUAUAACUAGUGUUUUAGAGUCUCCUCUAAUGCUAAAGCUCAUUGAUUAUUAAAGUGAGAGAGGGAGACAGAGAAUUUGGAGGGCAAGACAGAGAGCUGUUAAGGGAUGCUGAGAUGCAGACACAAGAGAGACAGCAGGGAAAACAGAGUUGAGUACUGAUGUCAGGGGGAUUCUUUGUCUGUUGUAUAUGGAGCAGGGCGGGGGAGGCUCACCCUCUGACUGUAGGGACCAAUAUCAGUCAAAUCAGUGCAAAUGUCAGAAUCAGCACUGUUAGAUGUCUACCAGCUCACAAAUGGCUCCUAAAAGAGGACUGAGAGAGUGAGACUUUACGUAUGCUGUGGAAUAUCACUCCUGAAGGAUUGUCAAUACUUCCAGGGCCUGUGAUUAAACGGCAAAGCGCUCUCAGUCAAGUUAAUUUACGGUAAGCAGAUGAAUACAGGAUACAGAUGGUGAUGGGGGUGCACUCUGUUAUUGACCACUUUAAUACCUAGAUAAUGUUGCCACAUUGAUUUAUAAGUAAAUGUGUUAUAAUUUGGUCAUUACUAUUAAGAUUAACUUUUGAUAUCUCAUGUGAAUUUAUAGAUUUGAUUAUGAAGAUGCCAGGUAGGUCGCCUCCUAUGCCAAAGACUUGAAUAAUGGUCAUAUUUAUCAAGAAAUUACAUUCAUGUGCCAUUUUAGCAAUAUAAAAUGUGUGUAGUUAAAAAAGUGUUAGCAUACAUGUUUUGUGAAAAUGAGAACAUGCUUUAAAGAGAAUUGUCUAUUUAUCAUAUCUUAAUACCCCAUGAUACAUUUUGGCAUUUCAAAGUUGAUGAUGUCAUUGUAAUGAUGUCGAGAAGCUUUCUUGUUUCAGGAAGUGCUCAUGUGAAUGGUGAUACCAUCACUCCCCUCCUGUAUUGUAAUAUUGGUACUGCUUAUCAUAGCAUACAUACUCCUUAAUGUCCUUCACUUUUUAUUAUUCAUAAAUUAUUCAGAGUUUUGUGUCUUCUCCAUGGAGCCACAUUGUCUCCCACGUUCCAUCUUUGAGCAAUGGAGGUCAUCAUUCAAUGUCUUUUGUUAUGUAGCAGCCAUCUUCAGCAUCACCAGAAAAGUCAUUCUCUCUGUAAAUCAUUAGACGAAAGAUCAGAAUGUCUUAUUGAUGACACCCAGCUGAUGUUGUAAGUGGGACAUGUACUGUGUAACAAGAGAGAUUUUAGAAAUUAUUCCUCAUCAGAAUGUGUGUAUCUGAGUCAUAUGGAGUUGUAUAGUGUUCACCUGUUUGCGUCACGGUUGUGCAUCAUUCAGAAUUGAAUUGAGAAUACUUUUUAAAUUCCAGUUCAAUUCCUGAAUUGAACUGAAUGUGAAUUGAGGUAGCAAACAGGAUUUAGUAUUGUCAUUUGAAUCUGAAUUUAAAGGAAUAUUCAAAUGACAGCAUUUGUUGCAUAAUGUUGCUUACUUCAAAAAUGUAUUUAGACUCUUCCCUCCUUUUCUUUAAUAAAGCAAAAAACUGGGUUCCAUAGAAGCACUUACAAUAAACAUUCAAACAUUCAAAUGCUCACUUUUUUAAAAGUAUAGUCACAAGAUAUAAACAAUAUGCAUGUUAACAUGAUUUUAGUGUGAUAAAAUCACUCACUAACCUUUUCUGGGUAAAGUUAUAAAUUUUUUUACAACUGCAUUGCCAUUGCGACGUAACGGCAUACAAUUGAAAAACUUAAAACCCUAAAAUUAUGAUUUAAACAACUUUAUAGCUCAAAUUAUACACGCGUUUCAACAGAAGAAUUAAUGUAAGUGCAUUUAUAAAAUAAUAAGCUUCACAUUUCUGUCUUUAAACCCUCCAAAAAUUAGCCCCAUUCACUUCCAUUGUAAGUGCCUCACUGUAACCAUUGCUUUUUUAAAGAAAAGACAAAAUUAUUUUUUGUGGUAAUCAAUAUUAUGCCACAAAUGCUGUCGAUUGAGCUUAACUUGUAUUGAACCAGGAAUAUUCCUUUAAAGUAGAACUAAAAUGGAAAGAAAUAGCCUACAUAUAAGCUGACUCCUGUAAGUGUAAUAUUUAAUAAUAAUGAUAUAGUUAAUAAAAAUCAAUGUUUGAAAUACCAUCUUUUAUUUUUAUUUAGUUUAUGUAUUCUGUAUUGCAUAAUAUUUAAUAAAGAUUAACUUUGAUUUUAUAGACCGCUUCAUCCUCAAGCCCAAAGCCUUCAAAAUAGAGCCAGCCAUACAACAUUCAUUACAUUUUUAAUGAUACAAUUAUUUAUGUAAUGUUGCAAAACUUCCAUUGAGUGACUGAAGGAAUUUUCCGAGUUCAAUUCAAGUUAAGCUCAAUGGACAGCAUUUAUGGAUAAUGUUGAUUAUCACAAAAAAUAUUUUCGACUUGUUUCUCCUUUUCUUUAAAAAAAAACAAUCAAGGAUACUGUGAGGAACUUACAAUGGAAGUUAAUGGGGCAAAUGUUUGGAGGGGUUAAAGGCAGAAAUGUGAAGCUUAUAAUUUUAUAAAAGCACUUAAAUUAAUUAUUCUGUUAAAACUCAUCCAUUACUUGAGCUGUAAAGUUGUUUUAAUAAUCUUUUUUUAUGGUUGUUUUAGGGUUUACGGUGUUACAUUGCAAUGGCAACAACAUUUUAAAAUUGGAUAUAACUUUACACAGAAAAGGUAUACUCGGCUAGUGCGUGUGUGAGUGAGUUGAUUUGUACAUGUGAGUGUGAAUUUGUAUCAUCAUCAUGGCCUCUGUGAGUGUGACCUUGGAGAAUCAACUGCACAGCGCGCAAAAGAACCUGCUGUUCCUGCAGCAAGACCAAGCCAACACACUGAAGGGCCUUCACGCUGAGAUCCGCCGCCUACAACAGCAAUGUACAGACUUGACAUAUGAGCUGACAAUGAGGAGCUCUGAUCCAGGCGAUGACGGCGAGGCUCGCUGCAGAGAACUGCAUCAGCGCUGUGAGGAGCUGGAGGCUCAGCUGAAGGCUAAAGAGCAGGAAAACACAGAGCUACUGCGGGAUCUGGAGCAGAAGAACGCCAUGAUCUCUGUGCUGGAGAACACCAUCCGUGAGCGAGAGAAGAAGUACCUGGAUGAGCUAAAGCUGAAGAGCCAUAAGUUGGCAGUGCUGUCCGGAGAAUUAGAGCAGAGAGCCAGCACCAUCGCCUACCUCACCUCUCAGCUCCAUGCUACCAAAAAACGCCUUCUUGCUGGGGGUGCUGCUGGUGUAAGCCCCUCCAUCAGCCCUGUUGCCUCUUUCAAACCCACACCUCCUGCCACUCCAGUGCCUACUGGAAACGAUAAGGACAUCCUCCAGCCUGAGACCCCUCGCAGGCGUAUGCGCAAAAGUCUUUCGCAGCCGCUGCAUUCUGAAUACAUGGAGCUAUAUCGAUUGGGCGCCACGGAUGGGCGUAGGGUGGUACUGAGAGAUUCUGUAGAUGCCAUGCCAGAUCCCACACCCUUCCUGCAAACAAGAGAGCCGGCUGGCACUGCAGAGUCUCAACCAGUGCUCCGGGAACGCCCUUCUAUAAUUCCACCCAUUGCAUCUUUGGGCACACCCCCCGCACCAUUGAGUCCUGCCCACAUCCCAGUACCCCCAGGCCCCAGGAAUAGUCCAGCGCGGGAAGGGCAUCAUUCCUGUUCUAACGCGCAAAUAGGAGUGGCACAUAGGAUCCACCACUUGCCCUCAGUGGGUGGAGAUGCUGCCCGGCCACAGGCAGAGGUGGAAACCCUCGCUGUGGACCAAGUCAAUGGGGAGCAGGUAGUUCGCAAACGCUCAGGCGCAGACAGAACUGUUUAAAACUGAGAAAUGCCCACAUAUGCACACUCUAAAAUACUGAUAGAAAUAUAUAUAAACAUAGAUGUAUUAGGAAGACCAAUGCAGAAUGUGCUGAACUCUAUAUGACUGUGAAAACAUGCAUACUGUGUACACAAACACACUCAUAACUGUAGAGCUGUUCUAUAAAUGUAUGAAACACAAACAUAUCCGUAAAUUCGUUACAGAUUUGAAACUAACAAACACAACUGCACACACUGGCAAAUGAACAAGAGAGUUUUAGGCACAGACUGUCCAAGAAUGAGAGAGACAAUGAAUGUGUUUCUAAGAGAAUGAUGGAGAGACCGUGAAGGGCAGCAAGUGCUACUGUAUGUCCUGCUGCUUUUUAUGCAACACUGUAAAAACAAAAAUGGUGUAAACAAUACUUUUCUUUUUCUUUUUUUUUUUUCUCACCUCCAUCAAAAAGAACUGUGAGCAUGCCAAAUGUUUAUUUUUCGUUACCAUCUGACUUUCGGUGUCUUCUUUUUGUAAUUUAUGUUCCACUCUGUUGUCAAAGUGCAUCAUAUUGCCAAAUCUUGUCAUUGCCUGCUGAUUUAAUGUGCUCUGAUGCAUAUUCAUAUCUACUCAUAUUCAUUCAUAAGCACUCCUGUAGAACUGGAAUCUUCUUUCUUUCCUUCUCACUGACAUAUCUACAGGAAAAUGUCAAGAAUCCUGCUGCUCCUUAUUAAACAUCUGCAGAAAUUAAAGGACAGAUGUCUCAAAGAGGUGACUUUUAUUGCACUGUUCCUCUUGCUUGUAUUAAUAACUUGACUAUUGAUAUGCACUCACUGAGCACUUUAUUAGGAACACUUCGGUCUUGAUAAAGUACCCUAUCUGUCUCAAGGUUCGAUGUGUUGUGCAUUCUGAGAUGCUCACUACAAUUGUACAGAGUGGUUAUCUGAGUUACUGUAGCCUUUCUGUCAGCUCAAACCAGUCUGGUCAUUCUCAAUUGACCUCUCUUAUUUCCAUCUGCAGAACUGCUGCUCAAUGGAUGUUUUUUUUUGUUUUUGGCACCAUUCUGAGUAAACUCUAGAGACUGUUGUUCUUGAAAAUCCCAGGAGAUCAGAAGCUACAGAAAUACUCAAACCACUCCGUCUGGUACCAACAAUCAUGCCACGGUCCAAAUCACUGAGAUCAUAUUAUUUCCCCAUUUUUUCUGUUGGUUGAUGUGAACAUUAACUGAAGCUCCUGACCCAUAUCUGCAUGAUUUUAUGCAUAUCACUGCUGCCACAGGAUUGGCUGAUUAGAUAAUCGCAUGAAGAAGUACUAGAUGUACAGCUGGUCCUAAUAAAGUGCUUAGUGAGUGUAUAUAACAGUAAUUUAAAGAUGUGGUGUUAUUAAUUUUUUUAAGGUUAAAGAAAAGAAAAAUGAGCUAUUCUAUACAUAGAUAUGAAGUCAUAUAAGUUGUCGUAUGGUUAUAAAGGGACAGUUCACCCAAAAAUUAUAAUUCUCUCAUCAUUUACUCAUUUAUGCUGUCUCAAAGUCAUAUGACUAUCUUUUGCUGAACACAAACAAAGAUAUUUUGAUGGAGAUAUGAUUUGAGUAUAUCCAUGGAAUGGAAAUCAAUGGGGUCCGACACUUCCAAGCCCCAAAAAGGACAUAAAAGCAGCAUAAAGGAAAUCUAUACAGUUAAUCCAUGUCUUCUGAAGUAGAUACGAUCGGUUCUGGAUGAGAACAGACCAAAACAAAUCUCCUUUUUUAUUGUAAAUCUUCCAUCUGCAGUCUCCCAGGUGUUUUUAUGAUUUAUAUGAGCUACAGAAUCUAUGUUUGUAUUCCACAGAAGAAAGAAAAUAUUUUUAUAUAUAACUAUUCCUUUAAAAAAUAGUAAUAUGUUAUAUACACAGUUUCAUUUGGUUAAUUAGGUGUAACUUACUUUGUGAACUUACUCUUGCUGUGUCAGCUAUUUCUCACUUGUCUUUGUUUGAAUUGCUUAGGAAUAUCAAGGUUAGGUGAAUCACACAAAGCAUGUCCGAGUUAUAUUUCAGCC